AGCAGGAGCAGCGGAGGGCGGCAGACGCCGACGGGCUGCUGCAGGCGGUCGGGGAGUCCGCCGAGCAGGCCUGCGGAGCAGAGGCCGCGCAGCCGCAGCGAGAGGCGCGGGCCAAGGCCCCCGAAGAGGAGGCCGAGCAGCGGCGGCAGGAGGAGGCGGCCGAGCUGUUGGAGCGGGAAGGGGAGAAGGCCAGGGCAGAGGCCGAGCGUGCAGCCGUGGAAGAGGCCGAGAAGCGGCGGCAGGAGGAGGAGGAGGAGACGCGCAGGGCCCGGGAGGAGGCAGAGCGCGCGGCCGAGGAGGAGGCCGAGCGGUUGGAGCGGGAAGGGGAGAAGGCCAGGGCAGAGACCGAGCGUGCAGCCGUGGAAGAGGCCGAGAAGCGGCGGCAGGAGGAGGAGGCCGAGCGGUUGGAGCGGGAAGGGGAGAAGGCCAGGGAAGAGGCCGAGCGUGCAGCCGUGGAAGAGGCCGAGAAGCGGCGGCAGGAGGAGGAGACGCGCGCGGCCCAGGAGGAGGCAGAGCGCGCGGCCGAGGAGAAGAAGGCCGAGCGGUUGGAGCGGGAGGAGGCUGAGGCCAGAGAUGCGGCCGAGAAGCGGCGGCAGGAGGAGGAGGAGGAGACGCGCAGGGCCCAGGAGGAGGCAGAGCGCGCGGCCGAGGAGGAGGCCGAGCGGUUGGAGCGGGAAGGGGAGAAGGCCAGGGCAGAGGCCGAGCGUGCAGCCGUCGAAGAGGCCGAGAAGCGGCGGCAAGAGGAGGCGGCCGAGCCGUUGGAGCGGGAAGGGGAGAAGGCCAGGGAAGAGACCGAGCGUGCAGCCGUGGAAGAGGCCGAGAAGCGGCGGCAGGAGGAGGAGACGCGCAGGGCCCGGGAGGAGGCAGAGCGCGCGGCCGAGGAGGAGGCCGAGCGGUUAGAGCGGGAAGGGGAGAAGGCCAGGGCAGAGACCGAGCGUGCAGCCGUGGAAGAGGCCGAGAAGCGGCGGCAGGAGGAGGAGACGCGCAGGGCCCGGGAGGAGGCAGAGCGCGCGGCCGAGGAGGAGGCCGAGCGGUUAGAGCGGGAGGAGGCUGAGGCCAGAGAUGAGGCCAAGAAGCGGCGGCAGGAGGAGGAGACGCGCGCGGCCCAGGAGGAGGCAGAGCGCGCGGCCGAGGAGGAGGCCGAGCGGUUGGAGCGGGAAGGGGAGAAGGCCAGGGCAGAGGCCGAGCGUGCAGCCGUGGAAGAGGCCGAGAAGCGGCGGCAAGAGGAGGCGGCCGAGCCGUUGGAGCGGGAAGGGGAGAAGGCCAGGGAAGAGACCGAGCGUGCAGCCGUCGAAGAGGCCGAGAAGCGGCGGCAGGAGGAGGAGACACGCAGGGCCAGGGAGGAGGCAGAGCGCGCGGCCGAGGAGGAGGCCGAGCGGUUGGAGCGGGAAGGGGAGAAGGCCAAGGAAGAGGCCGAGCGUGCAGCCGUGGAAGAGGCCGAGAGGCGGCGGCAGGAGGAGGAGGAGACGCGCAGGCCCCGUGAGGAGUCAGAGCGCGCGGCCGGGGAGGAGGCCGAGCGGGAAGCCGCGACGGCCAAUGAGGAGGCCGAGCGUGCAGCCGUGGCAGAGGCCGAGAAGCGGCGCCAGGAGGAGGAGGAGGAAGAGGAGGAGGAGACGCGCAGGGCCCAGGAGGAGAAGGCAGAGGGCGGGGCCGGGGAGGAGGCCGAGCGGUUGGAGCCGGAAGAGGCGCAGGCCAGGAACGAUGCCGAGCGUGCAGCUGGGGAGCAGGGCGAGAAGCGGCAGGAGGAGGAGGAGACGCGCAGGGCCCGGGAGGAGGCAGAGCGCGCGGCCGAGGAGCGGCCGCGGGGCGCGGAGGAGCCCAAGGCCCAGGAGGGCGCGGUCGGCGCGGAGGCCGUGCCCGGGGCCCAGCAGGAGGCCCACGGCGCUGGUCCCGAGGAGGCCCAGCAGCCGCAGGGAGCCGAGGAGGCCGAGCCCGCCGCCCGCGGGGAAGCCGCGCAGGCCGAGGGCGAAGGCGCUGCGCGGCCCGCGGCCGGGCCAGCGCAGCCCCGGGAGGGGCCGCCCGAGGCGGGGGCCGGGCCCGCGCGGGCGGGAGGCGGG